AGCAUGCUGGACAGCAGUAAUCAGCCUCAGUUGAGCAACGAGCUGGAGGGAGAACAGCAAGAGCAGAAUGUUUCCCAGUUGCAGCAUCAGCCGGAUAUGCAGCUGGAAGAAAAGGAGGAAGUCUUACUUCAGCUGUCCAUAGAGCAAGCUCAAAAGGAUCUGAUGCUUGAAGUCACCAAAAAACUACAGCAGCAUAACCAGGAAUUAGAACUCCUGCAGACUGAAGAUAUAACUUCCCAAUCUCCAGACAGUCAAUCUGAACCAGCCUCUUAUCCAGUUCCAAUCCAAGAGACCACUGAAGUAGAGCCCUGCAAACCAACAAAUGAAGAAGUAAACAAACUGUCCCAGAUUUUAAGUGAAUUGAAAGAAUCUCAUGCAGAGACCACAUUGGAAUUAGAAAAGACCAGGGACAUGCUUAUUCUGCAACGUAAAAUCAACGUGUGUUAUCAGGAGGAACUGGAAGCAAUGAUGUCAAAAUCCGAUAAUGAAAAUAAAGAGCACACAGAAAAACUGGAGAGGUUGAAUCAACUCCUAGACCUCAAGAACAAGCGUAUCAAUCAACUGGAAGGUAUUUUAAGAAGCCAUGGCCUUCCAAUAUCUGAACAGCUCAAAGAUGUGGCUUAUGGUACCCGACCAUUGUCAUGUCUGGAAACACUGUCAGCACACAGAGAUAAGGAUAAAGUGGACAUUUCUCUGCUUCAUCAGAGUGAGAAUCUGUUUGAACUGCACAUCCACCAGGCCUUGCUGACAUCUGCUGCCCUGGCUCAAGCUGGAGACACUCAACCUACCACGUUCUGCACCUAUUCCUUCUAUGAUUUUGAAACUCACUGUACCCCACUAGCUGUGGGGUCACAGCCCCUUUAUGACUUCACUUCUCAGUAUGUGGUGGAAACAGAUUCUCUUUUUUUGCACUACCUUCAAGAGGCUUCAUCCCGACUUGAUAUAUACCAGGCUUUAGCCAGUGAGCACCAUACCUUGGCAGCUGGAUGGAUUUGCUUUAGCAGGGUUCUGGAGACUGUGGAGAGAGUUCAUGGCUCUGCCACACUUACUGGAGCUGGUGGAGAAGAGUUUGGGGUGCUAGAGUACUGGAUAAGGCUGCGCUUCCCUGUAAGACCCAGCCUGCAGGCAUGCAUUAAGCAAAGGAAAGCUCAAGCUUACCUGUCAGCCAAUGUGCUUGGAGUCUGGGAGGCCCAGGAGGAUGAGACCAGAUCAGAGACUUGGAAGCAUCAGAAUGCACUGCGAGUGGAAAUCACAAGGUGCUGUGGCCUCCAGAGUCGAUGGCCGGCAACCCAACCCAGUCCAUAUGCCAUGUACCGCUUCUUCACCUUUUCUGACCAUGACACUGCCAUUAUUCCAGCCAGUAACAAUCCAAAUUUUAGAGACCAGGCUCGAUUCCCAGUGCUUGUGACCUCUGACCUGGACCAGUACCUGAGGAGGGAGGCCCUGUCUGUGUACAUUUUUGAUGAUGAAGAUGCAGAGCCUGGCAUGUACCUUGGCCGAGUCCAAGUGCCUUUGCUGCCUCUUGCACAAAACAAAUCCAUUAAAGGUGAUUUUAACCUCACUGAUCCUGCAGGGAAACCCAAUGGAUCUGUUCAGGUGCAACUGGAUUGGGAAUCUUGCUACCUAGCCACAGAGAGCUUCCUGAAACCAGAAGCUCAGACUGAGGAGACCAUCACCAAGGACAAUUUAGAGAUAGCACCUGAAGAGGAAAAGGAGUCAUUUCCUCCCCAGGACCAGGUGGCAUCUACUGAGAUCCUCACUGAAGCUGACCAGUGUCAAGCAAAGAGAAAACCUCCUCAGGAGGGAGAAAGAAAGGAAAAGGAACACCAGGUGGCAAGCUACUCAAGAAGAAAACAUGGCAAAAAAACAGGCAUCCAAGGAAAGAACAGAAUGGAGUAUCUAAGUCGUAACGUCUUAAACGAAAAUGCAUUACAGCAGGUGAACUAUACUGAAUGGACCUUCUCAGGGCUGAACACCUCCAUCAAAAAGGAUUUAAAAACUCAGCAAAAGGAAGAGGAAAUCACAUCAUCCCAUUCGGCACUGUUACAGAAGGAAGCCCUACAUUCUGUAAAUGAUAAAGAUUCCUGUGAACAAAUUUCCGAAGUCAGUGAAGCCCAAACUACAGAGAGUGAUGACGUCAUAGUGACACCCAUAUCUCAGCAAUGUCUUAAGGCAGGUUCAGAGAAGAUGUGCAUUGAAGUUGUCUCCCUAGCCUUCUUCCCAGAGACUGAAGUGAUGUGUGAUGAGAACGUACAGCAGGUGUAUGUGGAGUAUAAGUUUUAUGACCUGCCCUUGUCGGAGACUGAGACUCCAGUAUCCCUGAGGAAACCAAGGGCAGGAGAAGAGAUCCACUUCCAUUUUAGCAAGGUGAUAGACCUGGAUCCACUGGAGCAGAAAGGUCGAAGAGAAUUUCUCUUUAACAUGCUGAAUGGACAAGAUCCUGAGCAAAGACAUUUGAAGUUUACAGUGGUAAGUGAUCCUAUGGAUGAAGAAAAGAAAGAAUGUCAAGAAAUAGGAUAUGCAUAUCUAGAACUGUGGCAGAUCAUGGAAUCAGGAGAAGACAUUACAGAACAAGAACUUGACAUUGUUAGCCCUGAAGAUCAGGCUACCCCAAUAGGAAAGCUGAAGGUUUCCCUUCAAGCUGCAGCUGCCUUCCGUGCUAUUUACAAGGAGAUGACUGAAGAUUUGGUUUUGUGAUGGAACAAGUGCUAUUCCACGCUAAACCCUGAGGGAGCCAUAGGAAAACGUCUCAUAUAAAGUAACUUGCUACGCCAUAAAUGUAGUUUCCUGUGAUGUCUACUGUGACAGCAGAGAUGAUGAGUGACGGACAAAGGCCUACUUCUCUACAUCUUAACACUUCAUCAAGGAGAAGCUGGUUUUCAGUAACUGCAAAAAUAAAUAGCACACAAGGUGAAUUUAUAAAAACAAAACAACAACAAAAAAAACCACAGUUUAUUUAUCUUUUAGUUUUUCCAAAAUUGAAAAUAUCAAGUCCUACUGCUAAGGAGAAAAAAAAAAAAACAACAAAAACAAAAUCUGAGGCCCCUCCCCCCCUCUUCUCUUAAGGUCACAGAACACAGAAGGAACUGUAAUGGGGACAGAUGGGUGCAGAGAACCAGGAGGGGAAGGAUGGCAAGAUAAACUCCCCAAAUACUUAAAAAGCUGUUCAACAGAAACUGUGAUAAAUACAGGACAAUGCAAGACAAGUAAAAAUAAGGAGCAGCAGUGAUGAGAGGCUGUGUUGUAGAUGUGGCCUCCCUUCCUCUUCUCUGUUCUCAUCAGGGUAUUCUAGGCCCAAGGCGUGACUCGCCCCCUUCCAGAUCUAAAUGUUGACUCCUUUGCACCUCUUCCUAGAUUCCACUGGAAGCAGUCAGUAUAUGAGGAACAAUCACUCUUCCUCAGGUACACCAGAAAAGAAACUUGUAAUUUUGUUUCUACAUUGUACCAUGUAUGAAUUGUAAGGAGGAUGAACUGAGCCAAGGAGUGUCACUGCUUAUGUCUUCCAAGGCAGCAAAAUAACUCAGAAUCCGCAGGAGGCAAGAAAGCAGGAAAACUGGUGAAAGUACCAGCCUGAUCUGCCUCAUCAGCUCAAGCUGUAUGGUUUAUCACAACCAUUAGUAAUAUCCAAGAACCUUUUCUUUAGUACUGCAAAGAUGGAACUUAAAGAGAUGUGAGGAAGGUCAUGGCAAGUAGGAUAAGAUGGAGGACUGAAUCUGCUGGUUAAGAACCUUGGCACAGUAGGUAAGAGUCACCUUGUACCAAUGUCCUGGAAAUAGAGCUUUGAGACAUCAAAGAAUAAGAUGUCAGAAACCUUCAAUGUCCUGGUAGAAGGUGACAAGAAGAGAGGAAUGAAACAGUAUUAACAGUGGAAGCCUCUGCCCUUCUUCAAGAAUACCUCCUCCCUUGCCAUCUGGAUGGGGCCAUUGGCACGAGUCCUGGUGGGCCUGGAAUCCCCCGAGUAGAUUGGUCCACACAAAUGGCCCCCUAAACCCAUAAACACAAAUGGCAAACGUUCGAAAGAAAAAAAAAAGGAAAAAUACAGUUUCUAUGUCAUGUAAAAUUUUCAGGGGUUGGCUGGAGGAAGAAUGGAACUGAGGGUCAAAGUUCAGAAGUUACUUCCUCUUUUUCUUGGGGGGUGCAGAGCUGUGUCUGGAACCACGGUUAGAGCCACGGCCUGAACUGUGCACAGAUGCCUUCCUCUUUCGGCUCAUACUUCGACUCUGUUCUUCUUCCUCCUCGUAACGACUUUCACGGUCCGCUAAACAGAAGAGGCAUUACUAGUUAGCUGCAGGUUAGCUGUAGGUAGCUAACCUGGAGAACAUGAAGUAACACAGAGAAUGACCUUUGUAGUCAGUCCUAGGUUUUAAUUUUUACUUAGUCACUAGAUGUGUGACUGGACAAGUACUUAAUCUUCCGCAGUGUUCAUUCAUUUAUUCUUAUCGAAUGGAAAACUUUUCAGAUUAAGUAAGGUAAUUGAUGCCAAGAACAAUCUCAGUGGCCGGGAUAUGGGAGACUAUUUCCUUUUCAUCUUUAACUUUUCUUUGUUAUCUGGCUUCAGAGUAAUUAAAUUAAUACCACAUAAACUUUCCUAUCCUGGGAGACGUGCAGAAAGUUAAGAGAAUUUAGAUUUGAAAAACAAAUAGCCUAAUUUUGGAACCUCACAAGAUUAUGUUGGCAUCAUGGCUAUCGACCCACUGGGAGCCUGACCAGGUGAAAAAAGCAUCCAGUUAGGCAGUCAUGCCCCUUGGAGUGCACACACACUCAUUUUCUUCUUUGGUCAAUGAAGUUGCAGCUUAUUCUUUUGUUACUCUUAUUAGGCUGCCAAUAUCACAAAAUAUUGAAAUCCAUUAGCAAUUUGUGCCUCAAAAAAAUAAAACAAGCAAAGCAAAAAUUUACCUUUUCGGGCUUCUUCCUCCAAUUCAUCCCAAUCCUUUCCACUCUCUUCUUCACUGCCUAAUGAUUCCUUGGAAUAAUCUGGAAUAAAAUUAAGCAUUAAUCU